CGAAGUACUCCUUUUAUUACAACGCAAAACCGCUUUGUAUCAGCCAAGCAGCUACUCGUACUCGAAAGGUACGACAAGUACUAGUAGCGACUGUUGGCCGAAUGAUGGUUGUUGGCUACUCUACCAAGGUGUUCCAUAAUGUGAAGAUCUCAGACCGGCACAUGAAGAGACAGUGGCGACAGAGCAGCCUUCGAGAUGGACUCGAUAUGCACCUACUAAUGCAAUUGAUGAGAGAUAUACAGCUAGUGACAGCCAGCGUGGCCAACAACAUGCGAGUCCCACAGAUAUCAAGCCGAACAGAACCGGCGUCUUCGAUGUGUCAUACCAAACAGCUCCUCGCUCAGCAUCGUUUACUCAUACAUGGCCCAGAAAUUCAGUUCAAUAGGGCUUGCCCUAAUUCCUUUGAUUUCAAACAAGAGUACAUGCGAAUUACAGGUAGCCAUGAAGAGUCAGCUUAUCAUUACUCAUACGGCGACACCGAAAGAUGCAUUAAGGGGAUGAUCACCACCAAGAAGCACGGAUCUAGUCAUACCUCCUCCGAACAAGAAUCUCGAUGGAUAACUCGUUUCCUUUCUGACGAGAUUCAGAGGCUGUUGGAUGAUUAUACCCACCUCUUCUGGCGAAUGGUCAGAGCAGACAAUACGACUGGUCUGGUAAAAUCGAUGGCAAAAUGUCAAUGCGACUGUCUGCGAUAUCAGGCAUUAACGGCGCGGGAAAAAAAAAAAGAGAGCUAAGUCGUGGGUAGAGUUCCAUCGCCACCAGGUCGACUAAGUUAGCCAGGCAAACCGCCGGUAGUCGACAAUUCGGUACU